AUGUCAUUUAAACUUCCUUUUGAUUUGCUGUCGAUUCAGGAAUCGUUGAACUACGAAAAUCUCUCCAAGUCCAUCCAGAAGGUCAAUCCUGGUAAAUACUCCGACCAGUUCAAAGAGUCAUUCCAGCCAUUUGCAACUAAGACCUCCCAGUUCAUGAAUGGUGCCAAUGUGGAGGUCAGUGAAUUGCCGGUUGAAUAUUUGCAAUUAGAAGCCAAUUGUGACUUAUUGUUGAAAUUGUAUACCGAAUUAAUCCAAUUCAACAAUGACACAUUCGCCAACGUAUCGUACGACUAUCCACCAGCCAACUAUACAUUGGCCAAAAUCAAGGACGCUAAUGUUGGAGGAUUGAUUUCGAGCAAAUUCACCCAAUUAAAGAAUGUUUCGUCUCCUCAGGAAUUUGAGAAUAUCUUGAUGGGAGCCAAAGACAAAGAAACUAACGGUAACGAUCAGGUAGAAAUUCAAACCACCUCAGUUAAGAUUCCAAAGACUUUCUAUGGACACCUCUCGCAACUCGCCGAAAAACACAGUCAGGACUUCAAGGAGUCUAGUAAUGCCUUGUCGUUGGGUUUGAUGCAAGUAUCGUCAUCGUACUUAGAAAUCGCUAACGCAAGAUUAGACAUGGACAAAACCGUGAUGGACGAAUUGAACGCUAAGUUGGUCCUGAUUUUGAACGAGCAAUUCAUCAAAGUCAAUGAAUUGCGUAAGAAAGUAUAUGCCGUAAGACUGGACUUCGAUUCAAUGAGAGCCACUGUGGGCGAAGACGAAGAAAACGAAGACUUGAUUAAAUGCGAAGACGAGUAUGUGAGUGCAACCGAGGUCGCAGUCACUGAGAUGAAGAAGUUGUUAAAACCAUCAAAGUCAAUUUCCUUGUUGAAAAUCUUUGUGGAUGCUCAAAAACUGUUUUUCGAAGUUGGUUACAAAAAGUUAACUGCGUUAUCUGAAAGCUUAGAGAAAAUUGACGUAGCAGACGAAGAAGACGAUGAUGACGAAGACCAUUCGUAA